AUGAAGCACCUUGCGGCGUACCUUCUGGCUAAGAUGGGCGGCAAGAACGAGCCAGCCGUAGCUGACAUCGAGAAGAUAAUAGCAGCCGUUGGAGGCACGACAGACGCAGACCUCGCGAAGACCGUUGUGGAGAAAGUUGGGGCUGGUGGCCUCUCUGUUGAGGAUCUCAUGAGUCUCGGAAAGAAGCGCAUGGCGAGCAUGCCCGCCGUGGGGGCAGCCCCUGCCGCUGCAUCAACCGCUGCAGCAGUCGCCGAAGCAGCCCCUGCAGCAGCCAAGAAGGAGGAGUCUGACGACGACGAGAUUGUCGGUGCCGGUGGAAUGUUCGGCGGCGACUCGUCUUCUUCUGAGGAGGAGUCCUCGUCUGAUUAA